AUCUCUAACACCAAAACCUUCUCUUUCCACUUUCUCUCUGAUACGGUACUACUACCUUCAGGCAUGGCAGAAGAGAAGAAGAAAAAGAAAGUCGACAACAAAAAGCAAAAGGAGCACCAAGCUUCAAAGUUAUUGUAUUCAUCAGAUUUUUCAUUCAAUCCAAGCUCAGAUGUAAAAGGUCUCCGAUUUGGAGGCCAGUUCAUCACAAAAUCCUUCACAAUCCGACGAGCAAGAACCCUAGAGCUUCUGAAACUCCUCUCUCUUCCACCACCAACCAAUAAUAACAAUAGUAAGCCCAGAAACAAGCUUCUUGUUCCUUUCUCUUCAACCCUAGCUUUCAUCCCCACAAACUUCACAAUCUUAGCUUACCAUGCUUGGCAUACUCUCACGCUUGGCCUCGGCACCAAGAAGUCAAAGGUUGUCUUGUUCGUGUUUGAGAGCGAAGCGUUGAAGAAGAAAGUUGAUGAGAUUUGGCCAUUGGAGAUAUCACUUGGGGAAGUGAACAAGAAGCUCAUAAGGGGCCUUAAAGGGUUCGAGAUGGCGAGGUUUAAGUUCAGGAAAGGGUGCGUGACUUUCUAUGUUUAUGCUGUUCGACAAGUUGGUGGAUCAGGGUUUUCAAGUGUUGCAGAUCUGAGACUUAUUUUGCAGUCUGUGGUUUCUCUUAAUGAUUUCUUGGAUCAUACCGCUGUGCUUGCCAUGCCUAAGCAGAGAAGUAUCAUGAGUUUCUCUCAUCCUCUAGCCAUGGCUCAUUGAUUAACUAAUUAAGGGAAGUUAUAUUCAUUUGCAUUAUUAAUAAUAUUCAUUACAAAUAAUCUAGGUCUUAUGCUACUUAA